AUGAAAACAGUAACAUCAUCUUGUUUUUCUUCUGUAAAGUCAAGUACCACCGUCACCACCACGGAAGAGUACCAAACCGAAACGCCAGACAGCUGCUACUACCCUGGAUGCAGAAAAGACGCUAAUUGUAGUUGUGAAAUUUGCUUGGCUAGCAUCAAUGCAACUCUUGACCUCAUGCCUUUCAGCGUUCAAAAGAGCUCCCUCACCGAACUCUCCGCUUCUCGUCUUCAACAUGUACAGACCACGCCAAUCUCCUUUGAUCCUACUAUUGCGUCAACACCCAGAUCCAGUUCUUUCACGAUAAUGGGCUCUCCAGCUCUUAAAUCAAUUGCAAGAUCGAAUGUUAAGGCUUCGGAGAAGAGAAGAAGUGAGAAGUGUUUUGGUCAUCUCAGGUUUUUAUUGACGCUGGUUUUGGUUUUGAAUGUGUUCCUUGCGAUUGAAAUUGGGUCUUCUUGGAUGGUUUCUGGAGUUUUCAGGCCAGUGUUGUCCCCUGACAUUUUGAGGAGUGUUGGUGAGAGCUCUUCUGUUGUGCCUGACUUCAACGGGAGAUUGCGGUUCUUACAGAGUGAGUUAGAGGGAAUUGUUCAUGGCAAGGUCUCCAAUUGCAGCUACAAUGAUUCUAAAUGGAAAAUUAAUCAGGAUGGCUUGCUCUUGAAUUCACGUUGUGUAUUGUAUAAAUCAGCGACGGAAGAGGUAAGCGUAUGGGGAUGGCCUCUACAAACAGCAGGGCUGCUCACAACUGGAUUUUCUUCUCGGUCAUUCUCAAUUUUAUCUGGUAGAGUCACUGAGUGGCCCAAUGGACAGUUUGGAUUUUCAAUUAGAAAGGCGAACACUUCAUGGGUACACAAGAAAUGGGGCUCUUCUGUCAUUCAACUAGAGCCUAAAACAUGGAUUCUGGAGUACAAGCAGAGCUCAAUAUUAGACAACUCAAGACUGCUUUCAGCUGCACUGGAGCUCUUAAGAUACAGUAUUUCAAGAGUGAUAAGAAGAACGAAUGAAGAACUUUACCUGUUUUCUGCUUUUCAAAAUCAAUACAAAAGCUUUCUGGUGCGAGAGCAUUUCAAGAUACCAACUUGAGAAUUAUGGACAUCAGCUGGUUCUCAUCUCUUGUGAGAAGAAGUAUGAUCAUUUUGUUUGGUAUUUAGGAACCAUUAAAUUCAAUCUUUAAUUAGUUCUCUUUUAUGUAGUUUCAAUAAAGAGAUGCUUUAAGCAGAGAUAUGAUUUCAAACCCUUAUUUGGUGUUCUUGAACAAAUUGUACGUGAUGCGAAACCAAUCCAGCAUUGCCAUUUAAGUCCA